CCUCUUGGUUUCCCUCUCUUCCCCCAAACACCGUAGAAAUCACAGACUGUCUCUCUCUUUCCUCACUUCUUCACACUCACCCCAAAAAGAUCGUUCUCUGGCACCCUCGCGCCCUGUACCUCAACCGCCACUUGAGAAACAUUCUCGAGAAUUAUAUGCCAGUUUUUGUUUUGUGUUUUGUUUCCCUCCAGAAUUAAAAGACAACUAUUGCUUCGUCAGCGCCAUCCUGAGGAACAACAUCAUCCCCUCGUAGAACAACAUCAUUCGCUCGUGGAGCUUAUCGUUUGACAUGCAACUGGAUGGUUCUUUCAAGACGUUAUCUUACAAAACUUCUAGCUGAUCAGCAGAUGUACAGACGUCUGGGGCCAGAUAUUAGUAAAAUCUUUAAUCCACUGAUGCAAUGGACCAUCAAUGCCAAAUCUUAAUGAACUACACAAACCUUUCUCCCAACAAGCUUGAGGUAAACGCUGAACUAUAGGACAAGAGCUCUUCUUUGUGAACACGAAUUCAGAUCUAAGCCAAGAACAGAUUGCAGAUUUAUAGACGUUGGCUGAAGAUUCGAACCAAAGACUCCAGACUCAGAUAUCCUACUACUAACAGUGUCACGUGGUAACCCAGCUAGAUGGCGGUGAAGUUUUCCAAUCUCCUGUUCGUACUCCUCCUUCUGUCCCUCGCUAUGACGUCAUCAAAACGCGCGCCUCGCCGAAACCGGAACAGGGCUCAGAUGAGAGAUUCCCAGGUGGCUGACGGGACGGACGACGACGUCUGCGAGCUGGAGGUGACCUGCAGGAGCGGAAAGAGCCUGCCCGUGACCCUUCCCAUCAAAGGGCCACGUGGACCCGCCGGAAAACCUGGUUCGCCGGGACUUCCUGGUAAACCAGGCCCCGCAGGAAUGCCAGGUGACUCAGCAGGCCGCGAUAAUGACGACUCAAUAAGGGUCGCUUUCUACUCUGGUCUCACUAAGAACAUCGGGCCCUUCAGCAAAAACACUGAUCUCCUGCUGGACAGAGUGGUCACCAACGUCGGGGACGCCUUUAACUCUGAGACUGGGCGGUUCACAGCCCCUUUCAACGGAACUUACGCCUUCGCUGUCACCAUUUCUGCUCAAGGACGCUCAAGGGCAGCUGUUGAACUGGUGCAUAACGGAAAGCUGGUCGUUACGAUCUGGGCUGAGAGCGUUCCACUGUGGUCGACGGCUUCCAACAACGCCAUCUUGACCCUGGAGGCCGGUGACCAGGUCUGGCUGGUGCUCCUCAGCCGCGCCUCCUCCGUCCACGGCUACAUGUACACCACCUUCUCGGGUCAUUGCCUCUAUCGGGGUCUUUGACGAAGGCUGGGCGGACAGGCCCGGGGCGAUGGAACGCCUGAACAUGGUCUCCGCUAAAGGGGGAUCCGACAUCGUUGUGGGCAAAGGAGAAAGGUUCAUGGAGGUGGACGGCAAGAAGGGGGAGAGCCGCCUCGUGGCAGGAGACGGAGAGAAGAACGAGGAAGCUUCGGAAGGUGCCGCCGAUGAUGACAAACUUAAAUACGACACUGAGGAGGAAAUCGUUAUACACAAUGUUGAAGGCAACCACGUGGGCAAGGCGUACUACGUCACGGAGGAGACGCAAAAAGAAACCGGAAAUUCUGGAAGCGACGAAGAUUUCGGCAAAGUCCACAACAAUCAUCAUGACAAUAAAGAGACACCGGGAAUUCCCUUUGCCCAGAACGUGUCCUACGCAGACAAUUACGACUACGGUGGCGGUGACAUUUCAAAAGGAAGUUUCUCUCACAAUAUGGGUUCAGAGGCGGAGCCGGAAGAGAAGUAUAAUGAGCACAGAACCCCAUCCGCAGAUCCGCCAUCGUGCGAUAAUGACGCUUACAUGGUUUUGUUCCCCGACAAAUGCGGCGUCGUGGAAAUCGUCAACGGGCAAUACAGAACCACGUCCCACUCCUCGCCUCACGAUUUCGGCGAGUCAGGGGCGGUGGCGGUGGGUGAGAGUGGAGGGAACAUUAACGAGGUCGCUUCGGUGCAGGCGGCGUCUGACAACCGUAACCAUAGCAAUAGAACUCUUCAUUCUUGGAGUAGUUUGUGUGUGUUUGUAAUCGCUGUACUGAGUGUCAUUCCCGUAUCACUAGCCUCACUUUAGUCCUGACCUGACCUAGAUAUCUAUUGCUAGUAGAAGCCACUUGUACAUAACGUCUUCACUAAUGAUGAUUAUGAUGUAUAUCUCUGAUUUUGUCCUACCAUCAGGAUGUAUUUUGUGUGACUGAUGGUCCUUUACUAUUGACCGUGAAUACCCUCCAUCCAUUUUUUGUGUCUUCUUUAUUGGAAUUUUAAGUUUUCUCUGAAAUAUCUUUGUGAUACAUUAAAAAUGCUUUUUUUUUUAAACCUCACAUCUCCAUAGAAAUACCCAGAUCCAUAGAAGUCGAAAACAUAUUAAGACAAAAAGGAGAUACGUAGAAUAAUUGCCUAAACAACGAUACCACAAAUUCUGGUUACAAAAACGAGAUUCCAGUUUUUAUAGUCUGCAUUAUGAGAUAUUGUGCAGAAGUACAAUAAGGAUACACUGCCGUAAAAAAAACCUACGACUUUGUGUGAGUUGAAAUUUGCCUGCCAUUUAGUUUAAAAAAGCAAUCACAAAAUCUUACCAACCUCAUAUAAUUUGUUAUAAUUUUAUUUUUAACAAAAGUUACUAUCUCAAUAACCACUCCUUCAAUGACAUUUCUAUUUUAGAUGUGUAACUUUUAUAAGCAAUUACGUAGCAUUUCAUUUAUGGGUCCGUGUGCAAGUUUUGACUAUUUAAAGAAAAAGUUUGAGAACCUCUGCUGUAAAUGACAAAACAGGCUAAAAGCAAAUGCAAGCGAGCUAUCUCUGAAACAUGUCAUGCUUCGAAAGCAAUUAACUUUUGAAGACCAACAUUGAACUCUGCAGCUAUCUUCGUAAACAUUGAAAAUGAAGAGUCUUCUCAUCUUCCACCAAAACAGGGGAGUUAAAAAUGUCUUAUGAAAUAAACGGUUUCUCCCCCUUAUUAAAGCAACAACAUUAUUUCCUUUUCGAUCCCUACCUUUCAAAGUAAUGACCUUAGAGAUAGAUCUAAGAGUCUUGUACAUUUUGUUCAUUUACCAAGAGUUCACAAUCAAACUAACCACAGAGAUUGGCUAGCAUACUGAAUCAUUUGAAAAGUAGUCAAUUAAAUUGUGUUUUUAUAGGGCAUUGCUAUUAGUUGCUACUUAUUUAGUAUUUCAAAGGUUCACUCUCAUUUAGCGUUUUUUUUUUAAGCACGAUUAGGCUUCAAUAUUAUUUCGAGUAGCUCACAAACUAUUCACAUUUCAAGUCAUUUUGUGAAGAUAUCUGUUUGUAUAUCAUUCAACUCCCACAGUCUGUUUAUAUCGCAUAUAUCUUCCAUCACUUCGUGUAUUUAUUAUCGUCUUAUUUUUUAUAAUACCUCUAUUCAUUGAAGUUACUCCUUCACGGAGGAACCUAGGAAUGUGGGUGGACAGUUGAUCUCAAAAACAGCUCUAACGAUUCUCCUAUAAAUUUAUAACUCUUAGAAAAGAAAAGCUCGUUGGCCACGCUGGGAAAGCUCUGGAUUGACCGCUCUAAUUUUUCAAAGUAAAAAUAAAUAAAUGUAAAUUUGGCUGGAGACUAAAUCUAGGUCUAGAUCCUACAUCGGUUUUAAAAGGACUAUCGCGUUCUUGAAAGGACUGUCGCGUUCGGGAAUUUCCGAAUGUAAGGCUUUAUUGAUUAAAGAGUUUAAUAAAUUAAUCUUCAGGAAAAUUCUGCACAUUGUCUUCUAACUAAAUGCUUAUAAAAAUAUCAUUGAAAUAUUAAAAGGCGUACUAGAUCUAUACAUUCGGCGGGGUAAAAAAAAAUGUUUUUAAUUAAAUCUAACAUCCAUUAGUUUUUAGUAGAAAAAACAAUCGCUCUAUGAACUGCAUAGGAAGGUAUUGUCGUUUUAAAAAAUAUUUUUUUGAUUAAUGUUGUUCUGGUUAAUUUCAUCGUUUGCAUUCGCAGCCUAACUACUAGUUGAGUGACAUCUGAUGUUGGAAUGGCUUCAUUGAGAAGUACAGCAAUACUUAUUCAUUGCUUUUGUUUUACGGUGUUGUACUUUUUUUUUUUUUUUGUACAUUGUCGGGGAACAGUUUCGUAGCUAGGUCAGAUAUACCGGGUAUAUAAAGAUUUUUUUUUUAUGACAAUACAGCAAAGCGACUUACAUCUGCAGACAGGGCCGGAUUUACAUGUAGGCAACACAAGCUCUAGCUUAUCGGGCCCCAAGAAAUAUUAAGCACUGAUUCUGGACUUAUAAAGGGCCCCAUAUCUGAAAUAGCUUAGGACCUUUUCAAGCAUGUAGCUUAGGACCUUGACCUUUUCAAGCAUCUAGGGCCCUGCAUUUAGAAAAAAUAAAAAAAAAAAACAA